CGAAAGGCACAGGGAUAUACAGUAUGUUCUCGCAUCAUACAAACAAGACAAUCAAGUAAGUCCUGUUUAGCCACAAAAGAGUCAAUCUAUGUCAAAUGGAUAAGAGGAAGAAAGGAUCUGGUAAAGAAUUGCGACUGAUGGUGGUAGGGAGCAGUGGACCCUCCCAGUUCCAGCUAACCAAUUCCAUACUAGGAAGGGAAGAGUUUGCCAAAGAUGUCAACAGCAUUUCCGCCAGCCUGAAGAAGACAGGAGAGCUGGCUGGAAGACGAGUGGUUGUGGUGAAUGGACCAAACAUCUAUGAAAAGGAUAUAUCUCAUGUAAAGAGGAAAAUGGAGCUGAGAAGAUCUAAGUGCUUAUGCAUACCCGGUCCUCAUGCCUUUCUUGUUGCCUUUGACAUGGAGAAUAUCUCCCUAAAUGACAUGAAAACGGCCAGACUCCUGAGGGGACGGUUUGGAAGAAACUGUGAAAAACACUGCAUGGUUCUCCUGGCCUACGAAGGACACCAGGAUAAAGCUGCUUUGGAAAACAGGGUGAAGAAGACUGACUGGUAUCUGAGAGAACUGAUCGAGGACUAUGGCGGACGCUUUCACGUUUUCAGCAAGAACUGGAGAGACCGAAGUCAAGAGCGAGAGCUCCUGCAGAAGAUAGAUCUGAUGGUGGCUUCGCUUGGGGGGUGUAACUUCUACAGCAGAACCUUCAGAAAGGCGGAAGGCAGUGUUCAGAAGGAGGAAAAGAGGCUGAGGAGGCAGAGGACAGAGGAGAUAGAAAGGACAUGGGACGAGAUGGAGAAGCACUACGUGGCAGAGGAACUGUGUUUCCAGAAGGAUACUUACAUUACAAAGAUUAGCGCAGAGAUCCGAGCCAAAGCAGAGCUCGACAACGGAUGGCUCAGAACAUCCCUGGCCAGAGGACUGGGGACAGGUUUGGUCGUGGGGGCUGCGAUUGGGGCACUCUUUGGAUCUAUUGAGGGCCCAGGGGGGAUGGUUUUCUUUGGUACAAUAGGUGGGGCAGUAGGCGGAUCGGCAGGAGGAACUGCCCAGGUGGCAAUAAAGCACAUGGAAAACAGAGUGGCCCCACCUGCCAGAUAUAACUUCAAUUCAAUCUUCAUCAAUCGCUUCUUUGCAGCUUCCCGCAACUGACGGUGCCAUUAGAUUACAGCUCCAACUUCCGUCAGAACAGAAGAUACCUUUUAAAUGUCAGGAAAAACCUCCUCCGAUGCUUAGGAUUAUAGGUCACAUAGCCUAUUAUAACUAAUAUGAUGUCAUUGUUUAUUGUGAAUCAGACUUCAGUCCUGCAUUGUUUGUUCUUCUGGGAGGUAGUUUAUCGAAAUCAAAGCUUUUGUGUAAUUCUGAGGAGAUCUACCAUAUGUAUAAAUACAUUUUUAAAAGAGUUCAGCAGUUUUUUGGUGCGAGUCUUCUCUUUUUUAGCCUAAAGCAUUUCCUGGUGUCUAACAAUGAGUAAGUUAAAGUGUGGCUCACCUGACACACUGGGUGGAGUCUGAUAUUUACCCUCACCGCCCCUUUGCUAGACAGCACACAUACCUGAAUGCAACUAUUCAGUGGGAACAGGUGCAGCCUCUUUACAGGUUUUACUUGGAACACUGUGUACAACAGAUACUCUGCGGAAAAGAUCGACUGGCAUUGAGUAUGGCCACCACCAUCAGUCUCCUCCCCGAAAAGCACUUUUUGUGUUCUCUGUGUAGAGGCAUCUUCACCAACCCAGUGACUACACCAUGUGGCCACAGCUUCUGUUUGUCCUGUCUCUGCCAGUACUGGUCACGACACCUGUCCAGGUACUGUCCCGACUGUAGGAGAGUGUUCACUGACAGGCCUGACCUCAGUGUCAAUCGCAUUCUGGCAGAAGUGUCUGACAAGUACAGGAAGGCUCAACCUCAGAAACCACCUGAUGAAGAGAAGGUUAUAGAUGUUGAGCAAAUGAUUCAGGAAAGGCUGCAGAAGAUAGAAAGGCUGAAAAAGUCUCUCGACCUUCAAAAGAGCUCCUACCUCCGCGAGGUGCGGGAAAGCCAGAAAGUCUUCUCUGCUCUCGUAAACGCCAUGGAGAAAAGCCACAAAGCAGUUGUAGCUGCCAUUGAAGAAAAACAGAAAGAAGAGGAGAUGAAAGUGGAGAAGUAUAUAAAAGACAUCAAACAGGAGAUCCAGGAGCUCAAAAGUGAAUCCAGUGAAUCGGAUCCUCUGGUUUCUGGUGACCAAAAUGAUGACCCAAAGCAAGUUGUCAUGCCCUCUGAGAUGAAAGACUGGUCCAAGGUUAUCAUUGAAACAGACCCAUGUAUUGGAGUCACCAGAAGAGCAUUGUCAGACGUCCUGGAGAAAAUUAAGGUUGAAGUCAACAGACUUGCAAAAGCUGAACUGAAAAGAACAGAAAAAUACACAGUGGAUGUCAGCCUCAGUGCCAAAACUGCCCACCCCUUCCUUUACGUCUCAGAUGACAGAAAGCAGGUGAGGCACACUGACAAGCUCCAAGAAGUGCCAGAUCAUCCAAAGCGCUUUGACCGUGUGGCCAAUGUGCUGGCCAAAGAAAGCUUCUGCAGCGGGAGGUACUACUGGGAAGUGGAAGUCGGGGAUAAGAUUGAAUGGAACCUGGGUGUUGCCAGACAGUCCAUAAACAGGAAAGGCAAGUUCACUGUCUGCCCUGCCAAUGGUUUCUGGACUUUAAGCCUGAAGGCUGGAGGCCAGUAUAUCGCCAACACCUCGCCUGUCACCUCGGUGGCUCUGGAAAAUCGACCCAGGAAGGUGGCCGUCUUCCUGGAUUACACCGAAGGCCGAGUUUCCUUCUACUGUGUAGACUCUGGAGUCCACAUUCACACCUUUAUGGAUAAGUUCACUGACAGACUGCAUCCGUUCUUCAGUCCCGGUCGCUUGCACGGUGGCAAAAAUGCAGCUCCCUUGAUCAUCUCUUCCAGUUUUUGUAGCAUCUGAACAGCUGAAUGUCUUUUUCACUAUUUAUGUAUUAUGGUUAGUUUAUAUGUACUUGUGUGUGUAAAUUAAUUAAAAAAUGAAUUUGACAGUCCCCAUCGAACCACAUAUUGGCAAUGGACAUUGACAAAGAGGGCGUAUGAGGACUGACUCCUUGAGAUCUUCAGUGACAAACAUAAACAGAUUGAAAAGAAAGAAAACCAUUAUAGAGGAGAAAAGGCUCCCAUAAGUGAACAAAUGAGUGAAAUAAGAGGAGAAAGAAGGGAUUGCUGGCUGGAUGGACGUGUGGGGCAGCAGAGUUGGGACAGAGGUUGACGAGGUGCUGGGAGGGAGGGCACAGCCAAACAGCAGGGUAUUGUGCCCGUCCACCAGGCACUGGGAGACACACUCAAACACAUUCACACACUGACACGGUGGCGCACACAAGCGCAUGCUUCUGCCCACUGCCACAUAGACUUGUGCUGGCAUCUCAGCGGGCAGCCCCAUCCUCAGUCCAGUUCAGUCCCGGGCACUGAAGUCGACCACUUGUCUUAGGCACACUUCACCUGAACUCUCUUUCGGAGCCUCCCAGCUCUGUGGUCUUCCUGUUGACUGAUCUGAAUACUCAGGGCGUUCACAAAUCCAGACAUCCACUGCUGGAAGGACGAGUAAAUAGACACUGACCUGUGGACCGCCAUCAAGGAGACGCAGCAAAAGACUGGGACACUUGAUUAGAGGUCACCUGUCCUCAUCUAAACAAAGCUGACCUCAUCGACAACAUCACUACAGACUGAGAAUCCAGAAGUGGACCCCAUUUCCAAAUACACAAACUGUCCCCCUUUCUUGUGGGACAAUAAGUGGACAUUCUGCAAAAGAGACUGAUACAAACCCAGAGACAUCCAUCUGCGUCAAACAACACCUUUACCAUGGCAACCACGGGCAUGCAGUUGCUGGGCCUGAUUAUGUCCAUCGCGGGCUGGGUGGGAGGGGCGGUAGUGGUGGCUGUCCCCCUGUGGAGGGUCUCUGCCUUCAUCGGUAACAACAUAGUGACAGCUCAGAUCAUUUGGGAGGGCCUUUGGAUGACAUGUGUUGUGCAGAGUACAGGUCAGAUCCAGUGUAAGGUGUAUGAUAGUUUGCUGGCUCUGCCCAGUGACAUGCAGGCUGCCCGUGGCCUCACCGUGUUCUCCAUCCUGCUCUGUGGCUUGGCUCUGACUCUCGGGGUCCUUGGAGUCAAAUGCACUAAAUGCAUAGGUAUAAACAGCCUCAAGGCCCGUAUUGCUCGUAUUUCUGGCGCACUUUUUGCCAUUGCCGGGUUCCUGUACCUUGUGCCCGUCUGUUGGACUGCCCAUUCCAUCAUCAGGGAUUUCUAUGACCCACAUGUGGCGGCUCCACACAAGCGCGAGCUUGGCCCUGCACUUUACAUUGGCUGGGGAGCGUCAGCCUUUCUUCUGAUUGGGGGAUCUCUGCUCUAUGCAGGGUCAAGUCCCCCUGGCAUUCCAGGCUCUCCCACCUUCAGCAGUGGAGAAAGUAGUCCCCGCAGGGCACCUGCCGCACAGGUCAAAGGUUACGUCUGAAUGCCAUCAAGUUCCACAAAUUCCCCCCAAAUGAAGACAAGCCUUUAGUCGUUCCUUUUGAAAAUUCUCUCUGUCAUUAUUUACAUGUAAUGUUACUCCUGUUUGUUUUUUUCCUUUGAAACGACAGAGGAGGCUGUAUGGGGAACUUUUAAUUUAUUUCACCGUUUCAUAUCUGAUAUCAUUCAAUAACCGUUUUUUUUGUGUCUGUAAAAUCCAAUAAAAAGUUAUAUCCUCUGCUGAGGAAAAAUGUGUGAGUUCACAUUUUUACAAAUAUAAAAACUCUUUAAAGAAAUCUCAGUAUUUUUGUGUUUAUUAAGUAUAGUAGUUGUAUAGUACUGCACUAAUAAUAACAGGUUUUAAAAGAGAAAAAAUAUUCAUUUUUAAACCCUUCUCCUCUUCUGCUUUUCCUGACUUGAGAAGAACAAUAGAACAAUGGAGAUGUUUGUACAUUUGCUUGUGGCGCUAUACUGUUGAGAGGAGUGUGUGUGCGUGUGUGUAUGCUGCAUGUUGUCGUAUCUUCCAUCUCUCAUUUCCUGUCUUGCUUACUCUGUAUCAGGGCAAAGAAAAAUACAUAGCUUCUAAUUCCCUGUUUAAAUAUCCCGGUACUCUUUUACAACAGCACAAAACUUAAACAAGCUGAUCUCAAAGCUCUCUAUGAAUUUACUCAACUAAAUUCCAAGUUUAAUUAAAAUAUUGUAGAUAUUCCACCUGGUAAUGCGACAUUGUGCAGAAACAUAGUCAACUCUGAAUGCACUGGUGUGCAUCAUCAGUUCAUGCCUUUCCACCGGUCAUGUAGGUCAUUAUAAGGGACAUAGGAAAACAAUAUUGUGAGAUAUUGUUCCAUUCCCUCAGACAGAACUCUUUUACCAUGGAUUAUAUAAUCAUCAAUAGACAGUCAAAACCAUUUUAGUGUUUGUUGUUACCAAGAGCUGUCACUUUAAAUGUUGUUUCUAAAAAGCUGAAACAUUACCAGACAAUGUGCUGCAAACUUCAAAUGUUGAUCACCAGUUUUUUUGUAAUUUCUGGCUGUGAAAACAGUAGACAGACCAACACAAUACCACUGUACAGAGCAUUACUGCACCCCAUUAACAAUGGCCGCCAGUGUUCCAAGUGCCAGGUAGUGACUCAUAAAUGACCUAAGUGGGCCUGUAGCAGGGAUGGUAGAGUAAUGCUGUGAAUACUCCAAGUCUGUUGUAUUUUACAGUCUUCGAUGAUGCCAACAUUGCUCUUGUGACAAUAAUAAAACUGAAUCAUUCACGUAUUUGCAGGGAGUUCAGCCAUCUACAGUAGUAGACAAUAACAACUCACCUGAGAUCUAAUUUUAGUCACACUUUCAAUCAAUUCAAUGAUUAUAAAGACUACUUUUUGAAAGUGUAAUUGAGUGUUUGGGGAAAAUGUUGCAUCACUAUAGUAUAAAAAGAGCAUGUUUAAUACACAAUGGCCUUUCCUUUGUCUCUGAAUUAGGUUAAGGUAUUUAGAAAACAAAUGCACACAAUUAUUGCAAGUUUGAAUAAUAGGGUUGUGUAUUUUUCUCGACAUAAAA